AAGUAAGAUAAUAGUUGCGCAGUGUAAUGUAUCGAAGAUAUGCGUAACCAUAUACUCAAACAGCCAGUAAUAGCUGACUUGGUUUCAGAAAACGUCUCGCAUAUAUUUCUGUAUUCAUUGAUGGUGGAAAACAGAAUUGUUUAACAAAUAGUCAGAAAUUAUCUGAUGUAUGUAUAUAGAUAUAGUGAGUAAUCUGCCAUAGAUCAACCAAAAUUGAUCUUGUUUUCAAUGUUGACAGACGAAAUGAGGAAGAGACACGACUCGAAAGAAGAAAAGUACCUCAGUUCACGAACCUCAAUGCGUGACUCAUCUAGUCGAGGUCAGACAAAGACAGGGCGCUUGCCGAAACCUAUUGUAUUAAUAAUCGGAGCUGCUUUGUUAUUUGGUUUUGUCUACUAUGGACCUUUCGAUUUUUUAUCACUUUCAUCCAACACACAUUACGUCAUAAUCAUCGAUGCUGGAAGUACUGGAUCCCGCAUUCACGUGUUUACACUAAAAGAAGCUGGAUCAGAUGGCUAUAAAUUAAUUAAAGAUGACUUCUACCCUCUGGAACCGGGACUCUCAUCCUACGGCAAGGAUCCGAAACAAGCAGCCCAGAGUCUGAAGCCCCUACUGGACUUCGCUCAUCAAAAGGUGCCAGUGGAUAGCCAUCAUCAUACAGUUGUGAAGGUCAAAGCCACAGCUGGUCUGAGAAUAUUAUCAGAAGAGGUCGCUAGCAAUAUUUUGAAAGAGGUGGAGAAAUUUGUGCAGUCCAACUACAAGUUCAAAACACUGCCUCAACUUGCACAAAUAAUGGACGGAACUGACGAGGGUCUCUUCGCCUGGAUCAGUCUCAACUACUUUCUGGACGACUGGGAGCCAGUGCCGAUGAAAACUGCAGCACUGGAUUUGGGCGGGGGCUCUUUUCAGCUCAUAUUUGAGACUGAAAGUCAGGAACAAUUACCAGUUGAAGCAAAAAGCAAUGUACUUACUAUACCAGUGGCCGGUAUGACUAGGAAUGUAUAUGUUAGAAGUUACCUCGGCAUGGGUUUAAAAGAGGCGAGAAAAAAGUUGUUGAAAAAGAUUCAAAUUGAUGGCGCAGAAGUACUAACUAGUCCCUGUUUGCCUGAAAAAUAUGAAGGGGACUGGGAACACGGAGGAGCUAGCUUCAAAAUUCAAGGAAGUUCAAGUUCAUCAUAUGAAAACUGUCUAAAUUCUGUCGAGGAAACAUUCUCAGGUGCUAUCACUCCAAUCAACGAACUACUCACUAAAGACUUAUACGCCUUCUCGUAUAUAUACGACAAAGCGAAAGAUGGAGGUCUGGUUUCUGGAGUUGAGGGAUCCGUGGUGACAGUCCAAGACUUCGCCAGAAUAGCCCAGGAUGCUUGCAGAAGUCAGCUAAUCAAUCAGAGGUUCCAGUGUCUGGACACAGUUUACAUCAAUUAUCUGUUUGCUCGUGCCUUCAAACUACCCGCAGAUUUCAGAAUGCACGUUGUGAAGAAAGUAAACGGAGAGGAAAUUUCAUGGGCGCUUGGAGCGGCCUUUAAAGAAAUGGACGAACGGAAAUUGUCAUAAAGAGUUGAUUUAAAUGUCAUGCAUGGUACUAUAAUGUAUAGCGUGAAAAAAAUUGUUUCCCAGAUAAAUUGAAUUAUGGUUAUAUAAUGUGUAGCGUGAAAAAAUUUGUUUUCGAGAUAGUUUGAAUCAAUACAAAGCUUAUCAAAACGCAAAAAGUAUGGUUAUAGGAAUGUGGUUAUGAAUUUUCGUCAUUAGUGAAUGACUAAUCUCAUGAUCUGGGGGAGCAAUCUACAGAGAGUUGAGCAGAGGUAGCAGGGCAAUUUAUCACAUGUGCAAUUAUAUCCCACUUGACAAAAUAUCCCAUGCCCUUUUACACCCUAUAUGCCAAAAUUUA